UUUCCAUCUGCGCAGUUUCAUUUUCAGUUUGAUUAAAAAAAAAAAAAAAAACACAGAAGUGUCUGAGACUGAAGACUGAAGUCACCUCAGUGACGCCUCCACACUUCAUUUACAUUCAACAAGGAUCUUUCUCUCCCUCUCUCUACCCCCUCUCUCUCUCUCUCUCUCUCUCUCUCCCUCCCUCUCUCUCUCUCUCUCCCUCUCUCUCUCUUUCAUCUCUCGGAGUCAGAUUAUCAUCAGCCUGCCGCCGAGAUGUCUAACCCAGAUGCAGGUGCCACAGGAGCCCCGGAGGGCGAGGGGGGGGCCCCAGGUGCGGCCCCCAACCUGACCAGCAACAGACGACUGCAGCAGACACAGGCACAGGUGGACGAGGUGGUGGACAUCAUGCGCGUCAACGUGGACAAAGUCCUGGAGCGCGACCAGAAGCUGUCGGAGCUGGACGACCGGGCCGACGCCCUGCAGGCCGGAGCCUCGCAGUUCGAGAGCAGCGCCGCCAAGCUCAAGAACAAGUACUGGUGGAAAAACUGCAAGAUGAUGAUCAUCAUGGCGGUUAUAGGAGUUAUAUGUGUCGGAGUCGUCUUCAUGUAUUUCUUCUACUGAGCCGCUCUUCAGGGAAGGACCGGAGCUGCAGGACGAGCCUCCGCCAGCCGCCAAGCCAAAAUCCAGCCUCUCCUCUCCGCUCUUCCUCUCUCCAUCCUCCUCCUCCUCCUCCUCACCGAUGCCUUCCAUCGUCCUCAGUGCGUUCCAGUGCCUCCUCCUCUCUCAAACGUCUCAACCAAAACCAGGUUUCCGUCAGGCCUGCGUCUGAUCGCGCCGCCGCUUCACUCUUACGUUUGUUUUGUCGUGCAGCGUGCGCCGGUCGGGUGGGGCUUAGAGCGCCAGGACGCCGUCAACGGUGUCAGGCGUGUCGUCGGUUGCAGAAAAGUGAAGCGCACUGACAUUAAAAUACGUUUUCUGCAAGUCUGUUGACGUCCUGACACUUUCUCCGUCGUCCUGCGUGACAAACUCCACCACAUCGUGCGCCCGAGGAGUUUCAGACAAACCAAGACUUUUAUUUUGAAAGCGGCUCUGGAGUCCACUGACCCAGGUUCACUCAACAAACCCACGCAGCAGAAACCUUCAGCCGAACCUGCAGCUUGGACAGAGGCAGGCAGUCCCAUGAGGCUUAUAUAACAAAUAAAUAAAUAAAUUAGAAAAUAAACAAAUUAAAAAAUAAAUAAACUAAAACUAAAAUGAAUAAACAGAUGAAUAAAUAAAUAAAUAAAAACUGUAAUAAAUAAACAGAUGAAUAAAUAAAACUUUUCACCUUCCUUAAAAAAUACAAAAAAUAAAAAUAAAAAUAAAAAGUUAAAGGGGCAGUAAGUAAUCCGUGAGCUCUAUCGACCUCUGCUGGUGACAGGGAGGUAUUACAGCCUCGUUACCAGUUCCAGUCUCUAUGGGGUUCAAACUGGAUCUGUAAUAAAUAGUUAGAUUUUCACAAUAAAAUCAGCUAAUUAGCUAAGAUGAGCUCAGCUAAGCCAGCAGAUUAGAGCAGGGAUCCAACAGAAACAUCCUAUUAAAUAUCACAUUUACUUCUUUUUUUUUUUUUUUUCUUUUUUUUU